AAGAUGAGCUAUAAUGGAAAAGAAACGACAAAUGAUGAAAAAGAAGAUGCUGUGGGAAAACAAGCUGGAUAUUGUACAAUAUGCACUCUGUUGUAAUCGAGAUAUUAGUGAUUCCUAAGUAAUCAGGAAAGAAGUAAGUUCUGAAAAAUCAUGAUUAGAAAAAUAAAGAAUUGUAUCAUACUUACAUGCAAUGAAUGAUGUGCUGUACUGUCUCUCUCUCUCUCUCUCUCUGCUUACACUAGUUCUAUACGUCUUUCCUCCUCGAAGACUGGAGUGAUUAUGCAGUCUCGAACUCUGUGAAAUCAACGAACAUAAUGAAAAUCACAAUAAUAUUGAGAAGAAAUUUAGCAAGUCAACAUGUGAUGUUAAUUAUGAAAAUUAAUGAGGAGAUUACAUUCGAAAUAUUGUUAUUCGAGAUAUGUGGAAGUGAGAAUUUGAUAUUUUUUCUCUGAAUGCACCUUGCUGCACGUGUAAGUAUGCAUUUGUAUGUCAAGGAUGUGACAAGUGGGAAAAUGCACUAUCUCUCACUCAUCCUAAAACAGAGAGAGAGGAACGAAUGAGUAUAUAAGCGGCGGUUAUUGGAUUUGCCAGCUUCAUUCGACCACUAGUCACGUUUCACACAUAUCCUCACUAUCAUCAUCAUGGAGUCCACACGUGAGCAGUACAUCCUUCCGGAUACACCUCCUCAACAAGAACCAUCAUUCCCAUCUUACUGGGCAGCGCAAGCUGCGCGGAAGAAGAAGAUUCCUUCUACCAGUGGUGCUCCCCCUGCUGCAUCCGACCCCGAGGAGUCGCCCCUGAAGAGACGUGGAGUCUUCGUGGAGAGAGGGAUGAGCAGCGAUGAGCUCAUUAUACCAGACACACCACCAUCUCAUCUAGGAUGGGCACCGAAGCGAGUGCCGCUAACAACAAUUACCACCAACAGGCAGCAGGGGAAGAGAAAACUGCAAUUUCUGGAGGAGGAGGAAGAAACCAACUUCGUACCCUCACAGAAACGUAUGUCUGAGAACACCUCCAUGGCUCCGCUACUGGAGGAGGCAGCCGCGCGGGAUGAUGAUGAUGAUGAGGACUUCAUCGCACUCAUCAAUAACCCAUCACCAAAACCGUGGAUGCCUCUCCGCGAGCUGGCGGAGGAUGUUCCACAUGCUAUAAUCUCAGUGCGGGAGGAAACGAACCAUCAUGGUAGAAGAAUUAUUUUGAAAAUUAAUAUUGCAUCUACGAAGAAAAUCUCUGAGGUAUACCUGCCUCAGAGAUUUUCUUCAAUAAUUUCACCUUGUAAAGUUGUUAAAUUUAAUUCUAACUGUAAAAAUUUAGGAAUAGUAGUGAAGCAUAUAACCGCUACAUGGAGCGACAUUAAGAUUGUUAAAAUGUAA